AUGGAAAUUAAUAUUCAAAUUAUACCUAUAAUUUAUUACCAUAAUGCAUUGGAAAUUGUACUUGUUUCUGCAAUCAAAGAGUUCCGUCCAGCAACACCGUUUCUCACUCCUUAUCUUAUCAGUGCACCUAAAAAUUUCACUAAUGUUCAACUUUACAGUGAAAUUUAUCCAUUUUGGACUUAUUCUUAUCUAGUUGCAUUGGUUCCAUCGUUUUUCUUAACUGAUAUACUACGAUAUAAGCCAAUUGUUAUAACAGAAGCAGUGGCGCUAUGUUUCACGUGGAUUCUAUUAAUAUGGGGUAAAACAAUAUGGCAAAUGCAAAUUAUGCAAAUUGCAUUCGGCGUAGCAUCAGCAUGCGAACUUGGCUACGAAUCUUAUAUGUUUCUUAUGGUAGAUAAAAAGUAUUACAAAUUAGUUUCAUCGUAUACACGCGCUGCAACACUAACUGGUCGAUUUUUUGCCUAUGCUUUAGCUCAAUUUCUUAUUUCAUUUAAUUAUGGAUCUUAUUUACUUUUAAAUCAGAUUUCAUUUGGUGCAGUUUGCGUAAUUAUACCAAUUGCAAUCGCUUUUCCACCAAUAACAAAAGAAAUUAUUGAUAGCAAAGUUGAAAGUCAAGGUAAAAAAGCAGUGGAUGACAUGCGACAAAAAGAAACUUCGGAAGAUUCAUCUGAUAAAACAGCAAAAGCUAAGGAUUCUGGUGAUGCAAAAACUAGAGAUAUCAAAGAAAGGAUGGAAGAAUAUUCCCAUUUCAUUUUGCAUGAACUUAAAAUAUUCAAACGGAAUAAAAAUGUUUUAAAAUGGAGCAUAUGGUGGGCAUUAACCAGUUGUGGCUUUUAUCAGAUAACAAAUUAUGUACAGUCACUAUGGGCUACAAUGCAAAUUAUUUCAGAUAAUUUCAAUGGAAUUACUGAAUGCAUCAAUACACUCAUUGGUGCAAUGAUUUCAUUUUCAUUGCAAUAUAUUAACAAAGAUUGGACAGUACAUGAUGAAUUGAUACUUUCAAUUACAUCAAUUAUAAUUGCUGUUUUAUUAAUUAUUAUGUCGCAAAUUAAAUCAGUUAUCAUUGCAUAUAUUCUUUAUGUCAUUAUCACCGCUAUUUAUACACUUCUAAUGACUGCCGCAUGUGCAACAAUUGCAUCAGAGCUUAACUCUGCAAGUUAUGGUUUUGUUUUUGGAUUGAAUACAUUUGUGGCACUUUUGCUAGAGACAGCAAUCACGUUUGCAUUUGCUGAUAAACAUGGCUUUGCAUUACCUAUUCGAGAACAGGUUUUACUUUUAACAUUAUUUAAAUAA